CAAACAGAGCGCGUACUUUUCAUUACACCGUGCAGUGAGUCAUCAGUAUCCUUCCCCCCAACUUGCCCCCUCUCCGCGGCCGUUGAUGGCGGUAGCUAUGCAGAACCAGAGCGACAUUGGGCGCGACAAGGAAAUGGCGGGAUUCUUGAUAAAGCAUCAUUUAGAGGAACUCAAAAGUAUCAUCCUUUCAUCCGAUCCUCGCCUUCAUUAUCCUCUCCUAGUCGAUUUUUCUGAGCUCAUGGACGACAACCCACAGUUGGCACACGCUAUCUUUUCACAUCCCACGGAAUAUUUAUCGCAAUUUGAUGAAUCUGCUAUUUGGGCUCAGAGAGUGAUUUUUGAGGAUUUCAAGCAAAUCGAAAAUGCCAGUGUGAAGACCACUGUUCAUAUUAGGAUUAAUGUCUCCGGUUCUCCUCUUGAAUGUGAAGAAACUUUUCCGAGUAUUGGAAAAGUUAGAGUGAAACACCGCGGAAUUCUUCUGACUCUCAAAGGCACAGUGAUUAGGUCGGGAGCAGUAAAGAUGAUUGAAGGUGAAAAGAUUUAUCAGUGUCGAGUAUGUAAACACAGUUUCAAAGUUUUUCCAGAGGUGGAAACAAGAAAUUCUACGCCCCGGCCUACAUAUUGCCCUUCUCAGAAUUGUGAAAGCAUGAGAUUCCAGAUAAUAGAAGACAAAAUGAUAUGCCAUGAUUACCAGGAAAUUAAAAUUCAAGAAAGCACACAGGUUUUAGGUGUUGGGGCUAUUCCACGUUCAAUUACUGUCAUUCUGAAGGAUGAUCUUGUGGACACAGUUAAAGCUGGAGAUGAUGUAAUUGUUACUGGAGUUCUGACUGCUAAAUGGUCUCCAGAUGCAAAGGAUGUACGAUGUGAUCUUGACCCUGUAUUAAUUGCUAAUUAUGUGAGGAGGAUGAAUGAGUUGAAGUCAGAUAUAAACAUUCCUGACGAGGUUAUUAUGAAAUUCAAACAGUUCUGGUCGGAUUUCAAAGAUAGCCCAUUGAAAGGUAGAAAUGCUAUUCUACGAGGUAUCUGCCCACAGGUUUUUGGGCUCUUUACUGUGAAGCUUGCAGUUGCACUAACACUUAUUGGAGGCGUUCAACAUGUUGAUGCAUCUGGAACAAAAGUACGCGGAGAGUCUCAUUUGUUAUUGGUUGGCGAUCCUGGCACUGGAAAGUCUCAGUUCUUGAAAUUUGCUGCUAAGUUGAGCAAUAGGUCUGUGAUUACUACUGGACUAGGGAGCACUAGCGCCGGGCUGACUGUCACAGCUGUCAAGGAUGCAGGGGAGUGGAUGCUGGAAGCUGGAGCCCUAGUAUUGGCAGAUGGUGGUCUUUGCUGUAUAGAUGAAUUUGAUAGCAUGAGAGAACAUGAUAGAGCAACCAUUCAUGAAGCUAUGGAACAACAAACAAUUAGUGUGGCCAAGGCUGGUCUUGUGACAACUCUAAGCACAAGAACAGUUGUGUUUGGUGCAACAAAUCCAAAAGGACAAUACGAUCCUGAUCAAUCUCUUUCGGUCAACACCACCCUUUCUGGACCCUUGAUCAGCAGAUUUGAUAUAGUUCUUGUCCUCUUGGAUACCAAGAAUCCGCAGUGGGAUGCAGUUGUUUCUUCUCACAUUCUUUCGGAGGCUGAACAGAAGAAAGGAAACCAGGAUGAAAAUUUAACUGAAAUUUGGUCCCUCACCAUGCUUAGGCGCUACAUACAUUUUGUGAAAGGAUAUUUUCGACCUGUCCUUACAAAUGAAGCAGAAAAGAUUAUUUCAAGCUACUACCAGCUCCAAAGAAGAUCAGCUGCACAGAAUGCAGCAAGAACAACCGUACGUAUGCUGGAAAGUUUGAUCCGCCUUGCUCAAGCACAUGCGAGGCUGAUGUUCCGAAAUGAGGUGACUCUGCUGGAUGCGAUCACGGCCAUACUAUGCAUCGAAUCAUCAAUGACUACCUCAGCAAUCGUGGACAGUGUUGGAAAUGCAUUGCACUCCAAUUUCACCGAUAACCCGGAUGAAGAUUGUAUCCUUGGAUAUAUAUAUAUAGAUAGAUACAUUUUAAAACUAAUGUCUAGAAAUACAACAACUAAAUGAUCCCUCUUUAUUAUUUUACAGUAGCAUCAUCAGAUUGUUGUUUUCCUGAUUGAUUUUGGCUCAGAUACGAAGCAAGAACGCCUCAUCCUCCAAAAACUGCGUGAAAUCGAUGAGGUGAACCUCACGUAAUUGCGGAUGUGUAGGAAACAUGAUAGGGAUUCGAUGCUUUAUAGUAUGUAGUAAAUAUGGUGCAGUUAGAGGUGAGAAUGAAUGCUCUAUGUAAAUUGGUUUGCUUUAUAAUUAAAAUUACUAGUGGCUCUACGGUAGCAAGUCCUUUUAUUUAUUUAUUUAUUUAUUUAUUGGAACAAUUAUUAUUUCCGUACACAUGUAC